AAGUUCUUUGGCUCACAAUAAACCACUCACGUACUCACAAUGAUUCGCCAAGCAAGUACCGGACUGCAACGACAAAGCAGCGAUAGAACUUUUUUUUAUCUUAGUUCAAAGAUUGAACUGGGGAAGCAAGGAUGCGUGAAUAUCGGCUGUCACUAACAUCGGCCGGGCUGCUCUCGACGUCAACAACACCUUUUUUUUGGCCACUCGAUAUCUAGGUAUUGAAUAUCUUUUAUUGCUAUACGAUUAUUACAUGCGAACAUUACUUUUACGUUGCACAAGCACAAGCACAAACACAAACACGAAACGCAACAGGCGGAAUCAAGCAGGAGUGGCACCCCCCGUUUUGAAAUAGAUGGAUGGAGUCCGCUACUACGUCCCAUUCUAUCAAUGGAGAUGACAUUAGCAAUGGCGCUUCAUUAAGUUAUCCUAAUAACAAUCCUAAUCCUAAUCUUAAUUUCGAUCACCAUAUUACCAUCACACCCCAAUCCCCCGAACCUUCAUCCUCGGCGCCAAAUCCCAACGAAUCCCCCUCAACUUCACCCAUCUCUGCAACAAUCCCCCCUUACUGGCAGCAAUCACAAGCGCGUCCUCUUUCUUAUGUUUCGAUCGAUUCUAUUCAUCCUAGUGGUAUAACGCUUCAGGAUAAUACUGCAGAUGGAGAUGAGGAGGGAGAUGCAAAUGGGAGGGAUAAAAAUGAAGCUUGUUGGGCGAGGAGUGUAGUAAUUGAAGAUUAUGUGGUUGUGAAUGGAAGCGGGAUUGGGGGGAUGGCAAAGAUGGGUAAGGGACUUGGGAUUGGCGGGGGCAUUGGAGGAGGUAUCGGUGCAUUUGUCGUUUGGAAUGUUAGGGUUGAUACAUUGGAGGUUUGUUUUGGUCGUUCAUUUUUUUCAUGGCCUCUCUUCCCUUCUUCAUUCUGUAUAUCUUUCAUCUCCUAUUAUUUUCAUAAACCUUUUGGAUUUGAAACCUCUGCUUACUUCUCUUCUACUCUUCAAAAUAGGGCACUCCAAUCAUAAUUCGCAAGCGCUACAGCGAAUUCACAGAUCUGAGAACGAAACUCCUACGUACAUUCCCUAAUUCUACGACCACAAUACCGGAGUUACCGAGGAAAAGUGUGAUAUCAAAAUUCAGGCCGAAGUUUUUGGAAAAUAGGCGGAGUGGUUUACAGUAUUUUCUCAAGUGAGUGUUUCUCUCUUUCUGGAAGAGGGAGGGAGAGUGGGAGAGGUGUGCCAGAAAGGAAAUAAGAGUAUGGACGAAAGCAAGUAAAUCCAACCAGCUAAUCAUGAGGAAUAUAGUUGUAUAUUACUUAAUCCCGAAUUCUCGAGUUCGCCCGUAUUGAAGGAAUUCCUCUUUUCAUAAGUCGAUAAGUCAAUUAUGAUAUGAGGCAUCAGACGAAGAAGAGAUAUAAUAGCGGUCUGUACGUUGAGCAGGUAUGGCGUUUUAUUUUGGUAUAUACGGUGUAUGAGGAUAUCUGGAUAUGAAUUAAAUAUCAAGCAAAAGCGAGCAAGUUGUUUAUUUAUUGGGUAUUGCUCUAUAUAUGUCUUGGAGGUACGUAUUUAGUUUUUAGCUGUUUUGGAAGAAUGAGGUGCCCAGUUUGGGAUUGGAGUGUAUGCUUCACGCAUUCGCAUUCGAGGAAGUGAUAGUUCAUAUAUAUUGUAUCGUGGCCCUAUGUGAUAUCUGGAAGAUAGAGAAUAAUUGAUGGAUGAAUGAAUGAAUGCUACUUGAGCCGGAAAAUU